GGGCAUCAUCGGUACGACCCACACUACGCGAUACGAGAGUAAGAUGUCGCGAGAGAAGGACCAGGCGACGCCGCACCUCAGCAGCCUUGUUGUACGGCCCACUGAUAGCGGCGGCGGAGCGGCCGCCGGCGCAGGCGGUGGAACCGACUACGAGACUGGCGAGGUCCAUCGGAAUCUACCUCCGUAUUCUCGCUCCAAUCGAUUGCCGGACGGCCAUGCUGUGUAUGUUGCCUGGUGCAAGAACUUGAGUCUUGAGGAAGGUACAUUAGUGUGGGUAUUGAUGAAGGAUUUGGUGAAAAUAUUCAUUUUAGGGGUUUUGAAUUGUUAAAUAUGCACAUGAAAAAUGAUUUUGAAGGACAGAUGUGCAUGACCUGUGGGUCAGUCAUAACUUGGUAACUAUAUCUGGGUAUUGGAAUUUCAUGGGAUCUUUAUUGAUGAUAAUCUAUGAUUACAUCCAUGAAAAGAUAUUGUUAAGAUCUUGAGAUUGUUAUGUGAAGUCGCUGACUGGUUGCAUAAAGCUCCCUCGCUCUACAGACUUAUUAAAGGAAGAUGCCCGCUAUCUUAAUAUGUUUUCAAAGAGUGUCUUCUUAAUGGCUUUGAGAAAUUUGUGAUUGCCAUGGAAGUUGAUAUGGUAAGAUAUUUGGAAACUUCAAUGAUGCCAUUGGUUAAUCUACAGAGUAAUAAUUAGCAGUAAAAGUCAGGGUUGUCAACAGCUUAUUGGUGGAAACUCCAUAAGAAUGAUGAGCGGUGACAGAUGAAAUAUAAGUGAAGAGAUACUUUCCAUCACUGGUGCGGUGGGUUUUGGGUGGAUGACAUUCUUUUACUGCUAUCGGAUCAUGUGUUAUUUGGGCCUGGGUGUACUGGUGACUAAUGAAUGUUUCGUUUGCUGCCUGUAGCAGUUUUUAGUUUCAGAACAAGCAAGAGUGCUUUAUUGGGGAAUUUUUAAUUCCAUCUAUUUGGAAACUUAAAUAGGGUUUGUAUUGUGCUUACUAGCCUUUCUGAGGAGUGGUAUUUCACAACAGAGAUGCUGCAUUGGUUACAAUUAAAUUUGUGGAAAAAACUAUUUUGUUCUUUUAGAAUCUGCUGGAAAGCUAUAGGGUUUUUCAUUUCAAUAUCCUUGACUAACUACUAAGUUGGUUGUUGAAUGGGGUUGGUUAAGACCUAAGGGUAGUUAUCUCUGUGGUUGGUAGCAGUCUUUUCUGUUCAUUUCUUUUGUAAUUUUUGAUUGGUCAGCGGUUAUCUCUAUGCUCCUUUCUUUUAAAAAGGAUGUAGACUUUAGUUUUAGUGGACUGUUGACUAUUGUGGUUAACUAAUUCUGCUGUACACUUGGUUUACUAACACUUGGAAUGAGGUUGCCAAUGAAUAAUUAGUUGAAUUAUCUGGGUUGAUGCUUUGAAUCGACAAAUAUGGGCUUUUAGUAUGGGAUAUUUAGAGGAACCUAAUUUAAACUGUGUUAUGGGUUAAAAAUUUAAUGGCAUUGGCUUCACACAUAAUAACUGUGCUUGUUACAUGCUAAAGGGUCAUGAUUACUUGACUUUGAGGUGUGGAUACUCUUGGGUUCAGUUGUUUUUACCGGUAUCACUAAACAGUUGCAUUGGAAUAAUUUCAAGGUGGUAAUUCGCUGAGAUCAAUUCAUGUUAUUGUUUUCUGUUAUUCUUGACAAGAUGAUGGCCUCAACAAAGGCAAACUGUUGCAGGCAUAGCGGAUUGUCAUAUCAUGGGUUCCCACAUUAAUAUAAGUGGAACUGGACUAGUUUUUGGUUAUGAUACCGUGUUUCUUAUCUUCUGAGCUUCGCUGGCUUUUUUCAGGAUAUAGAAUGCGUGCAGGUUCUGUUUCUCCUGUGCGCCAUAGAAAUACAGAUCGUCAAUUCAGUCCAGAUUUUGUUCACCCUGGUGGUCCACCACGUGGUCAUGGAUUUGGCAAUGGGAGAGAUCCUGGUAGAUAUCGAGACUACUCACCCCCUUAUGGACGAGGGAGGGAGAGCAACAGGUUUGUUGGUAGGAGCUAUGAUCGCCCUGGUAAUGCUCCUGGUUCAUUCAAAGGGGAAAAUGUGCCUAGAAGUAAUCCAAAUGUACGGCCAAGAGAAGGUGACUGGAUAUGCCAUUUGUGCAACAACUUGAACUUUGCAAGACGCGAGUACUGUAACAACUGCAAGAGUUUGCGUUAUGCAUCUUCUGGGAGUCCUAGGAGAGGCUAUGCCCCUCCUCCUCCUCUUCGAAGAGUUCCUGGGCCCCCAAUGGACCGUUCUCCCGGAAGGUUUAUUAAUGGCCACAGGUCCCCUCCUCGUGGGUGGGCUAGGGAUGAUCCUAGAGAUUUUAGAGCUGGUUUUCCACAUCCAAGAUAUGAAGGAAGGUUCCCGGAUCCCCCUUUGCGCAGAGAUAUGGCAGAUUUUGUGGAUGAAGAUUUUAGGGGCAGGGGUAGGUUUGAUAGACCAGCGCUUGAUUGGGGCCACAGAGAUCGUGGAAGGGAGACCUUCUUACCUGAAAGGAGAGGUUAUGAAAGGCGAUUGCCAUCUCCUCCUCCACCCCCAGUACCAGCCAUGCCAAGUCGUGACCAAUGGGCUCGUGAUAUCAGAAAGAGGAGCCGUUCUCCAAUCAGAGGUGAGGCAACGGCAAAGGACUACCGUCGCAAUAUGUUUGCAGGUAGGGGCCGGAGAUGAUUGCCAUGAUGCCUUAGUUAUUAUUUGUGUGAUAUUUAGACUGUUGUUUGGUUCCAAGUGGACGCACACCUUAUAGUUUGCGGAAGGGGAACCUCUCAUGAUUUUGUUUGCUGGCUGUAAUUCUGGGAUUCUUUGCUGCACUUUCGUCCGCUUUGUGCCAAACCUACCUUCUAAAAUUGUUGCUUUUUGCUGCC